AUGGAUAUGAUGAACGGUGUUGUCGAGAUAAAUAUUAAAGGAAAACCAAUUUCCACGAACAACACAAAUGGAUCCACUAUUUGGAGUCGUUUUAGUUAUAAAAGCGAAAGAGAUAUCAAGAAUGAAAUAAAAGAGAAUUAUGAUGUAAAACAUGAUAUAAAAUCAGAAUGUAAAGUUGAUUUGAAAAAUCUGAAGAUUGAAGUAAAGACUGAAGAUUAUAAAGAAGUUGUUCAUCAUUCAGAUGAUAAUGAACAGGUAAUGCUAGCUAACGAUCGAAAGAAGCAAUCUGCAACAAAUAGUAAAAAAUCUAAUAUCAAGCGGAAAAACGUGUAUUGCGACAUUUGUGGUAAGCGCGUUCGAUGUGGUGAGAGCCAUUUAGAAAGACACAAGAGAACACACAAAGAUUAUGCCUGCGAGAUAUGUGGAAGAGAAUUUAAGAGGAAGGAUAUAUUGUUGCAACAUAAACAAACACAUAGUGAAGACCGUCCUUUUAAAAGCGAUAUUUGUAAUAAGGGUUUUAAAUGGAAAGAUUCAUUAAGAAUAAAUAUUAAAGGAAAGCCAAUUUUCACAAACAACACAAACGGAUCCACUAUUUGGAGUGCUGCUGGUUAUAAAAUCGAAAGAGAUAUCAAGAAAGAAGAAGUAAAAGAGAUUUAUGAUGUAAAACAUUGUAUAAAAACUGAAUGUAAAGUUGUUUUGAAAAGAUUGAAGAUUGAAGUAAAGAAUGAAGAUCAUAAAGAAGUUGUUCAUCUUCCUGAUGAUAAUGAACAGCUAAUGCCUGUCAACAAUGAAUUAUUCAUUCUGGACGAAAACUCUAAUAGGAAUGAAAUGACCAUCCAAAUUGAGGAGGAAGAGCAAAUUGAGGAACACGAUAUUCAGCACAAUUCAGAAAAACAAAAACGUCUCAUAUAUAAUAUCAAAACAAGCAAAUACGUUCUUUCUAGUAGAAAACUCAACAAAAUUCAUGAAAAGAUUAAAACGAAAUACUUCAAGGUUAUGUUUGCAUCUCAUUCUAAAAAAGAAUUUACGUGUGAUUUAUGUCAACAGACUUUUACAAAUAAGAGGAUAUUACAAACACAUCUGUUGUGUCACAUUAGAAAAAAACCAUUUUGCUGCACAACCUGCAAUAAAAAGUUUUUGUGGCAAUUUCUUUUGCGAAGACACGCGAAAAGACACAAAAUUGGAAAUGAAAACGAAAUCUCUCAUAGGAAUUUACGUUUGCAGCCAUCUGGGAAUGAAGUGAAGUCAUCUCCAAAAAAUGGUAAAGUUCAUGCCUGCAAGAUAUGUGGAAAAGAAUUUAAGUGUAAUUAUUCGUUAUUACGUCAUGAAACAACGCAUAGUGAAGACCGUCCUUUCAAAUGUAAUAUUUGCAAUAAGAGUUAUAAAUCGAAAGACAAUUUAAGAACACAUUACGAAACUCAUACUGACGAACAUAACUAUUGUUGUGAAGUGUGUAACAAACGUUUUAAAACAAAAUAUUAUUUAAUAAAUCAUAAAAUAAUUCAUAAUGAUAAAUUUAACUAUACUUGUCAGGUAUGUAACAAAAGUUUUAAACGAAAUGGUGAUUUAAAAAGGCACAUUCUUCGUAUACACAAUGUUGAACACAAUUAUUCUUGUAAUAUAUGUAACAAAUAUUUUAAAUCGGAAUACCAACUAAAAACCCAUCACCAAACUCAUAAACGUAACUAUACUUGUCACAUAUGUAACAAAAGUUUUAAACGCAGUUCUGGUUUAAAUCAGCAUAUUAAUACACACAACGAUGAAUACAAACAUUUCUGUGACAUGUGUAAGAAAUACUUUAAAUCAAAACGCUGUUUGCGAGAGCAUAAACUUAGUCAUUGUAAAAAAUCUAAUAUCCAACGAGAAAAUGUGUGUUGCGACAUUUGUGGUAAGCGCGUUCCAUAUGGUAAGGGCCGUUUAGAAAGACACAAGAGUACACACAAAGUACAUGCCUGCAAGAUAUGUGGUAAAGAAUUUAAGAGGAAGGGUAUAUUGUUGCAACAUGAACAAACACAUAGUGAAGACCGUCCUUUCAAAUGCGAUAUUUGCAAUAAGAGUUUCAAACGGAACGACCAUUUAAAAUCGCAUUAUGUAUUUCAUACUGAUGAACGUAACUAUGUUUGUCAAGUAUGUAACAAACGUUUUAAAACAAAAUUCUAUUUGGAACGUCAUAAAGUAGUUCAUAAUAAUGAAUUUAACCAUACUUGUCACAUAUGUAACAAAAGUUUUAAAAGCAGUAUUCAUUUAAAUCUUCAUAUUCGUAGACACAGCAACAAAUUAAAAUAUUCUUGUGAUAUAUGUAACAAAUAUUUUAAAACAAAACACUAUUUGGCACGACAUAAAGUAGUUCAUAAUAAUCUAUUUAACCAUACUUGUCAGGUAUGUAACAAAAGUUUUAAACGUAGUGCUAAUUUAAAACGGCAUAUUCGUAUAUUCAAGAAUAAAUGUAAAUAUUAUUGUCAUAUGUGUAACAAAUAUUUCAAGACAACACAUUUAUUGAAACAGCAUAAAAAUAUUCAUAGCGAUAAAAGAAAGUAUGUUUGUGACAUAUGUAAAAAAGGUUAUAUCGAUACAACUGCUUUAGCCAAACAUUGUCUUACUAAACAUGAAAAUAUGUAUUUAUGCUAUAUUUGUAAGAAGCAUUUCAAGACUGAAUCCAUGCUAAAAGAACAUUCGAAUAUUCACAUUGAAAAGUGUAAUAUUUGUAAUAAAGAAUUUAAAAGUAAACGCAACUUAAUUAAUCACCAGAAAAUUCAUUAAGACAAAAAACCGUUUCGUUGUGAGAAAUGCAAUAGACUUUUUACCAAUAGACAUGUAUUAAAAUGUAACGAAGACAAUCUUCGUUGCGUCCGUAACAAGGAAUGUUACUUUAAAAGUCUUAUUAAGCGAUCAAAUCGUUUAUCAGAAUUAAUCGCAUUUUUGGAAAAAUGGUAAAAGCAGAUUUAAAACGGAAACUAAACUGAAAUUACAUUUAAAUUUUUUUGUUUAG